UCUUUUUAUAGGUCGGAUGAAUUGGGUUCAAUUCGGUACUGGCCUACCGGGACACACCCGAUCAAUCGUCAUUCAGCGGGAGACAAAGAGAGAGAGAGUGGCGGCAACCUUCUAUCGCCGGACGGCCUUUCUCUUCGUUCCUCUGCCCCGACCAGGCUUGAAGGUGUCCGUUACAGGUGACGGAUGGCUUCUAUAGCGUCCUUCCUGCUAGAAGAUGGUUGGAAAUCCUUCACUUCAAAUGCACUUGACUAGACGAAAUAGUUGAGCUUUGCGUGGCCUUUAAGCUUAUACCGUUUAGGUGCACGAGCUGCUGAGUUUCUGUGUCUCAGUCUCUCUCAGUCUUCUCCCUGUCUUACAUCUUGCAGUUGAAAAUUGUUCUCUUUAGUUGAGCAUCAUGUUCCCAUCCCCAGUACCGACUGGAGCGCCUCCUCCUAAUUGGCAGAUAUCUCCCGAUGUGCAUUCUGCAGUCGGUCAGUAUUGGCAGAAAACAUGCCUUAGUGAGAGUCUGAGCAAAUUGCGAGAUACAAUUUCUUUGGCAAAAUCAAUGCACCAAGAACUGGAGUCUAUUUUAUCAAUCAAAGGUUGUGAUGCAGUCACAGAAGAAUUGGAUGGAAACUACUCUGGUCAAUCGCUUGAAAAGGAUUUGGCAUCAAUCAAAGCACCUGAAGAUUCGAGAGGCAGAGAUGAAGUUCUCUGUUCUGAACUGAUUAAGGCAAAGAAGAUUGGUUUACGAACUCAAGAGUCUCUUUCUGUGGAAGCUGCAAAUUCAUUGUUAUCAACUUUGAGAGACCAACUGUUGCCUUUUGAUGUUGUCAGUCAAAGUAGUUCAUGGGAGGAAAAAUCAGUGGCAGUAAGAUUGGCUAACAAGAUAGAGAAGGCUAAACGUAACAAACUCUGGAGAAAAAGAAAGAGAAAACGAGUAGCUGAAAGGCUAUGCAAGGAGAGAGAAAUGUAUGAUCAACUUGACCAAGAUGCCGAUGAAUGGAGGGCAAGAGAGAUUGCAAAAGAUAUUGCCAAACGGAAGGUUGAGAAAAUGAAGGAAAUUGCAAAAGUUAAGACGAAGGAGGAGAAGAAGAAACUGGAAUCUGAGCUUGAACUAGUUCUGGUUGUUGAAAAGUUGCAAGAACUUCGAUCAGUAAGGAUCCAAAAGUUGAAGAAACAAGGCCAUUUUCUGCCAGAAGAGGAUGACAAGUUCCUUCAACGAGUUCGAGCUGCUGUUGAAGAGGAGGAGCGUCAAGCAGCUAUUGCUGCUGAUACUGGUGCUGCUAAGGAUGCUAUUGCCAUUGCUGAAGAAUCUAGACUGGCCAUUAGAAGUGGUGUGCCUGGCAUUGAAGGUACUCAGUCAGAGAAAACUGGAGACAUGGUGAAGCAAGAAGACACAGAUAAGGAAACUGGAAGGGACUUUGGAAAGGAUGCUGUUUUCACUGAGUCUGCUCAGAAAGGUCCAGAGGUUCAGAGACAAGGUGGAGGAUAUGAAUCCACUGUUGCUUUACCAUUGGAGUUCUAUCAUUACUACCAUGGUAGCAAUAAUGACAUGGGCACCCUUAUUGAGGUGAGAAGAGUUUGGGAUGCAUAUCUUAGACCUGGUGGAAGUCGGAUCCCUGGACACUGGGUCCUGCCGCCACCUCCUGCAGAUGACAUAUGGGCAUCAUACCUGGUGAAGCCUGGAAAUGCCUAGCAAAAUAAUGACAGCAUAUUUUGGUUGAACAUAUUUCUGGUUGAAACACGGGCCAAUUCACAAGAAGGACCAUGCUUGCAGAAGCUUGGUGUUUCACAGUUAAAGGCGUUAUCACUCUGUUGGCAAAAUGUUGUUUCGGAAGGAAGCAGUUGCUGACGUGAAUGUUGGACCAGAUUUAAGGUGCAAACGGGGGAGGAAAGACUCUAAAGCCUUCUGUUGUUCUUAGGAUAACGUUUCAUAUCCAGGUCGCCUGGAGAGGGUCGAUGGUAUUUGCUUCACAAGGGCACCUUGACGAAGCGUGGAGCUUGCUCAACUGAUUCUUCCUUGUUGACACCAACCUGCUGAGGAAAGAAAGUGUACUGGAUUAACGUGUCAAUCGUUUUGGAUAAACUAUUGCGAUUUGCUCAUCAACUAUUCAAUCACUGCUUUGAGCUAGGUCUGUUGCCGACAGCGUGGAGGCGAUAAACAUGGGUUCACGCUUUCAGUUGCUAGAUGUGCUUUUGUACUAUGUUGCGUGGACAUGGCUAAAAGGACAGGGGCAUGUCACUUUGUGCAAAUUUUCAUUAAGUAAUGAUCGAAAACGCCAUAAAAUGUCUCUAUGACAUUUAUGUGUGCGUGCCUGUGUGAGCAUGCAUAUGCUCAUGUGCAUCCUGCUGGCCACUAUGGAGGCUCCGUACACAAUGACUUGUUUUCAUUAUGUUGUCUGACGAAGAUGGUGUUCAUGCUUUAUUGUGAUGCAAUGUUAUGUCAUUCUAUGUCUUUGUCGGUGUAUUUGACGAAGAUGGUGUUCAUACAUGAUCGUAAUGUCAUGUUAUGUGAUUGUGUAUGUGUUUGUGGGUGUAUGUGAGCUGACUGCUGGAAGCUGAGUAGCUUGCUUCUUUGUAUGGAUGCGAAUGAAUUGGAUUUGUAUGGUAUCCAGCCUUUAUUGAAUUCAACUUGAUUGUAUUAUAUGUAAUCACUUUUUUAAAUCCAAGAGAUUGAGCAUUUACAUAUUUUA